GUGGGACUUCCUGUCCAUCAUUGAUAGGUGCCGAGCUGCGGAGCGGUGGGAGGACCAAACAGGAGGGCUCCGCCCCCAGCGUCCUGUGGCCAUGACGACCGCCCCGCGGGACUGCCUGGUGUGGAAGCUCGCGGGGCUCCUGCGGGAGUCCGGGGACGUGGUCCUGUCUGGCUGUAGCACCCUGAGCCUGCUGACUGCCACACUGCAGCAGCUGAACCACGUAUUCGAGCUACACCUGGGGCCAUGGGGCCCUGGCCAGACAGGCUUUGUGGCCCUGCCCUCCCACCCCGCCGACUCUCCCAUCAUCCUCCAGCUUCAGUUCCUCUUCGAUGUGCUGCAGAAAACGCUUUCACUCAAGCUGGUCCAUGUCCCUGGUCCUGGCCUCCCAGGGCCUAUCAAGAUUUUUCCCUUCAAGUCCCUUCGGCAGCUGGAGCUCCGAGGUGUCCCCCUCCACUGCCUCCAUGGCCUCCGUGGCAUUUACUCCCAGCUGGAGACCCUGAUUUGCAGCAGGAGCAUCCAGGCAUUAGAGGAGAUCCUCUCGGCCUGCGGUGGUGACCUCUGCUCCGCCCUGCCGUGGCUGGCUCUGCUUUCUGCUGACUUCAGCUACAAUGCACUGACUGCCUUAGACAGCUCCCUGCGUCUCUUGUCAGCUCUGCGCUUCUUGAACCUGAGCCACAAUCAAGUCCAGGACUGCGAGGGCUUCCUGAUGGACUUGUCUGAGCUCCACCACCUGAACAUCUCCUAUAACCACCUGCGUUCCGUGCCGAGAAUGGGACCCUCGGGGGCUGCUCUGGCGACCCUGAUACUGCGAGGCAAUGAGCUCCGGAGCCUGCACGGCCUGGAGCAGCUGAGGAACCUGCGGCACCUGGAUGUGGCGUACAACCUGCUGGAAGGACACCGGGAGCUGUCGCCGCUGUGGCUGCUGGCUGAGCUCCGCAAGCUCUACCUGGAGGGGAACCCUUUGUGGUUCCACCCUGCGCACCGAGCGGCCACCGCCCAGUACUUGUCUCCCCGGGCCAAGGAUGCUGCUCCUGGCUUCCUUCUCGAUGGAAAGGUCUUGGUACUGACUGAUUUUCAGACCUCCACAUCCUCAGGGCUUGGCUCCACGGUUCCACCCCCGCCCUGGCCAGUGGGGAGUACCACCGAAACCUCAGGUGGCCCCGAUUUGAGUGACAGCCUCUCCUCAGGGAGUGUUGCGGUCCAGCCCCCACUUCGUAAGGUGAAGAGCCGAGUCCGUGUGAGGCGGGCCAGUAUCUCGGAACCCAGUGAUACGGACCCAGAGCCCCGGACUCUGGACCCCUCCCCGGCUGGAUGGUUUGUGCAGCAGCAUCGGGAACUUGAACUCAUGAACAGCUUCCGGAAACGGUUCGGCUGUGAUUGGCUGCAGUAUAGGAAUCACCUGGAGACCUCUGGGACCCCCGUUGUGGCUGCCUCUGAGACCCCCGCCCUCAGCACCCUGCGCCCAGAUGCCCUGAGCCCAGAGACUGUGCCUGGCCCUCCGCCCCCAGAGAAGGAGUCACCCGAGGAAAUGGCAGAGGAAGUCAGCGUGGAACCAGAGCCACAGGAGGAAGAGGAGAUGGAAGAACAGGGAAAAGAAGAGGAAGGAAAGGAGGAGGAGGAGGAGGAGGAGCAGAGUGAAGUAGAAGUGGAGCUCUGUCGCCCCAUGUUGGUGUGUCCCCUGGAGGGCCCUGAGGGCGUUCGGGGCCGGGAACGCUUUCUCCGGGUCACUUCUGGCCACCUGAUUGAGGUGGAGCUCCAAGCGGCUCGAACCCUGGAACGGCUCGAGCUCCAGAGUCUGGAGGCAGCUGAGGUGGAGCCCGAGACCCCAGCCCGGAGAGAACCAGUGCCUGAGGGUGCAGACCCACUCCCCGGAGCCCCCAUCCUCGUGCUGCGUUUCUCCUACGUUUGCCCGGACCGGCAGUGGCGUCGCUAUGUGGUGCUGGAGCCUGAUGCCCACGCGGCCAUCCAGGAACUGCUUGCUGUGUUGACCCCAGCAGCCACCACGGCUCAGCGUCAGCUUGGGGAAGCAAGGGACCUGCUGGCGGGCAGACUCCAGUGUCUGCGUUGUGGCCACGAGUUCAAGCCAGAGGAGCCCAGGCUGGGACUGGACAGUGAGGAAGGCUGGAGGCCUGUGUUCGGGAAGACAGAAUCUCCUGCAGUGUGUCCGAACUGUGGUAGUGAUCAUGUGGUUCUCCUGGCUCUGUCCCUGGGCACCCCCAACAUGGAGCGGAGACAGGGAGAGCCAUCGCCAGCUCCUUCGCCAUCCCCCAGUGCCGGGCAUGACCCUCCUGGCCGCAGUGACCACAGCGACAGGGCCGACAGUGCCCUGUCUCAGGCACCGGUCUCCCAUGACCGCCACAGUUGGAGCCUUAGUCCCCCCCCUGAGCGCUGUGGCCUCCGCUCUGUGGACCACCGGCUCCGGCUCUUCCUGGACGUGGAGGUGUUCACUGAUGCCCAGGAGGAGUUCCAGUGCUGCGUCAAGGUGCCACUGCUGUUGGCAGGCCACCCUGGGGAGUUUCUGUGUCUCGUGGUUGUGUCUGACCACAGGCUUUAUGUGUUGAAGGUGACAGGGGACAUCUGCGGGCCUCCAGCUAGCUGGCUACAGCCAACCCUGGCUGUUCCCCUGCAGGAUCUGAGCGGCAUAGAGCUGGGCCUAGCAGGACAGAGCCUGCGGCUGGAGUGGGCGGGUGGAGCGGGCAGCUGUGUUCUGCUGCCCCGAGAUGCCAAGCAUUGCCGGGUCUUCCUAGAGGAGCUCAGCGAUGUCUUGCAGUCUCUGCCCUCAACCCGGAGGAGCAGCAUUAUCACCACACAGGAGGAGGUAACCCCGAAGCACCGGCUCUGGCCAUUGCUGGAAAGAGACUCUUCCUCCGAGCCUCGCCGGUUCUUCUACCUUCGGGUGUUCCUGGUUGAAGGCUCUGCUACCUGCCCUGUGUCCCUGUUGCUGACUCUCUCCACCCUGUACUUGUUGGAUGAGGACCUUGUAGGGUUCCAGGCAGAGCCACCUCUUGCAGCAGCAUCUGGAGAGCCCUCUGAGAAGGCCCCACCCUCGGGGCCAGGCCCUUCCGUGCGUGUCCGGGAGCAGCAGCCUCUCAGCAGUCUGAGCUCCGUGUUGCUCUACCGCACGGCCCCGGAGGAGCUGCGGCUGGUCUUCUAUGAUGAGGUGUCCCGGCUGGAGAGUUUUUGGGCCCUCCGCGUUGUGUGUCCAGAGCAGCUGACAGCCCUGCUGGCCUGGAUCCGGGAGCCCUGGGAGGAGCUGUUUUCCAUCGGACUCCGGACUGUGACCCAAGAGGCUCUAGACCUUGACCGGUGAGGCUUCCACUGACCCCGCCUCAGCCUCAGGAGCCAUGGCUACAGAUGUUCUCUCUCCAGACUCUGGCGGUGGACUUCUCCAGCCUUUGGGUGCUGGCUAGGGAGGCCCCAAAUGACCCACGGCCCAAGGGAAGGGCCAGAGAAAUGGUCUGGCCUUUAGAAGAUCUGGCCUGGGGGGACAGGCCGAGUGGUCAGUCGGAUCG